GAACAAAUUCUAAUUCAGCUUCAGAAUCAAUCUAUCCAUCUAAUCCACUCAUGGCUUCAUCAAUAGAGAGAUAAGCGGAAGAGCCUCUUCUCAUGGAGCCCAAGGAGGCAUCAUCAGAAGAGCCGCCCCGAGUAAGGUCGGAGCUAGAAGACGUUCUGACAAACACCGACCUCCCUUACUGGCAGCGCCUCCGAUCGGCCACUUGGAUCGAGCUCAAGAUCCUCUACCGCCUCGCCGGCCCCGCCGUGGUCGUCUACUUGCUCAACAAUGUCACCUCCAUGUCCUCACAAAUCUUUUGCGGCCACCUCGGUAAUCUUCAGCUCGCCGCCGCCAAUCUCGGCAACACCGGCAUUCAAGUCUUCGCUUAUGGCGUCAUGCUUGGGAUGGGAAGUGCAGUGGAGACACUGUGUGGUCAAGCUUAUGGAGCUCAUAAGUAUGAAAUGCUUGGCAUGUACAUGCAAAGAUCAAUGAUUCUUCUAAUGGCGACGGCGAUUCCACUCACACUCAUUUACGUAUUCUCCAAACAAAUAUUACUUCUUCUGGGUGAGUCCACCAUUAUAGCAUCAGAAGCUGCGAUUUUCGUGUACGGUCUUAUUCCUCAGAUUUACGCAUAUGCGGCCAACUUUCCGAUACAGAAGUUUCUUCAAGCUCAGAGCAUAGUGGCUCCGAGCGCUUAUAUAUCGGCGGCGACGUUCGCCGCCCAUCUGCCACUGACGUGGAUUGUGGUGUUUAAGUUGGGCGGCGGGUUGCUGGGGGCGGCGUUGGUGCUGAGCUUUUCGUGGUGGGUAGUGGCGGCGGCUCAGUUUGUGUACAUAGUGGUGAGUAAGAGGUGUGAGAGAACAUGGAAGGGAUUUAAGUUGGAGGCUUUUAGCGGACUUUGGGGUUUCUUAAAGCUUUCUGUGGCUUCUGCUGUUAUGUUGACCUUGGAGACUUGGUAUAAUCAGAUCCUGGUUCUCUUUGCUGGCCAUCUCAAACAUCCUGAGAUCGCCCUUGAUUCUCUCUCCGUUUGCACGACAAUAUCUGGGUGGGUGUUCACGAUUGCAGCAGGAUUUAAUGCAGUUGCAAGUGUGAGGGUGGGGAACGAGGUUGGAGCGGGACAUCCAAAAUCAGCAGCAUUUGCAGUUGUGGCUGUGACGACGGUGUCUCUGUCAAUAGCUCUAUUCUUCGCCAUUCUUGUCCUCAUCUUCCGCCAUGUAAUCAGUUAUAUCUUCACCGGUGGGACCACGGUGGCGAAUGCUGUCUCAGAGCUUGCUCCUUUCUUAGCUGUCUCUAUCAUCCUUAAUGGCAUUCAACCUGUUCUCUCUGUUGAUAAAAGUAGGUGCAUGUAUGUGUAUGAAAAUGAAGGAGUAGCAGUUGGAUGUGGAUGGCAAGCUUUUGUGGCAUACGUCAAUGUGGGAUGCUAUUAUAUCAUUGGGAUACCUUUGGGGGUCCUUCUUGGUUUCAAGUUUGAUCUUGGUGCUAAGGGAAUAUGGUCAGGAAUGAUAGGGGGAACUUUCAUCCAGACUUUGAUCCUCAUCUGGGCCACUUGCCGAACUGAUUGGAUUAAAGAGGUUGAAAAGUCAAAGAAUCGAUUAGUAUUGUGGGAAGACAAGAAGGACGAGGAGGAUAAGGCCACUUCAGAUGAUUGAAACUAAAAGAAUAAAUGCGACCCUCCUUUUGUUUCAUUCUGUGCAAGGUGCUUUAAUUUUAUGAAAUGGUGAGCUAUUACAUAUUAGUAGUAUUUAAUCUGCUGGCCAUUUCUGUUCCCUCAAUCCUUUUUUAAUUUUAAUUAACAUACAUUUAUGUUGUCCGCCAAGGAUUCAUAUGUUUUCCUCGUACACAGUCACGUGCCCUAUUUUUAAAUAUUUUAUUAAAUUAUAAA